AUGACAAACCGUAUACACCUUACCCAAUCCGCCCGUGUUGGCGAUUCACUCCCAAUGGACGAUGAUAUGUGGACCAAUCAUGCAGGUGCUGUGCGCCAGGUCCCAGAUAUGCCUAUACUUUCCGUCACGCCGACUGAGAGACUUGGAUGUUUUGCGCAGCAAAUCCAGGCAAUGUCUCUAUUAGACAGUGUCAUGGCACUGACACGAGAUAGAGUCAAUAGAUCUAAGAGACUGUCAAAUGACAAUUUCUACCAGCUUGAUACAGCUAUCCAGAAGACAUUACGAGACACCCUGAAUUCUUCUGGGGCAGACUGGGAACCUCGAUACAGGGCAGUUGUUAUUCUUUUACUCGCUCUUCUUGAACUACAUGAGACCGCGUCAACGUCCGGUCCCCACGGGGACAGCUCUCCCUUGAUUUCCGAGUCUUCAAUCGCUGCUAUCGAAAUGGCGCUCAAUUUUACCCGUGACAUUGUUUGCAUGGACGAUAUCCUGGAUGUCCAAAGGAUGCCUUUGGCAGCCGUGCUGUUGCUCGAGAAGGCUGGUACGAUGGCAAUCGUUCUUAAUGCCCACUAUAAACGUAACAUAGACGUGCUAGAACCGCUCAUAAGUUCUUUAGAACGUGCUUGCAAGCGUUGGACAAUUGCAGACAGCUUUAAUGAGAAGUCAAGCGUUCUGCUCGACUUUGAAACAAUCAUGAAGAGUCCAUGA